GUCGUCGGCGGCAUCGCGUCGCGGCAGCGCACCUUUUCUCCUGGGCGCGCACAGCUGGGCCGGCAGCGACUCAACGCGGCUGCAGCGCACGCCGAGAGCAGCCAGCGCGAAAGAAGUACUACAACGGAGCAGGCAUCCCUCGCCGCCGCCGCCGCCGCCGAGAGAGAGAGAGAAGCUAAAAAUAAUGACCGCGUGGGACCGGGUCCGGACCCCGGUUCGCACCCUCCUCGCGGCACCCGAAGACCAGAGAGGCCCGAACCGACUACGGAGACGGGAUCACCAGCCGCGACCACAGUGCCGCACGGGCGGCAGCACCCAUGCGCCGACCGAUGACGCUGGCGUACGGCCCUGAAGCACCGCUGUCCUGGACCUUCCGGAACGCGUCGCCGGAGGUCCCCGGCUCUGGCACAUGAGGCGACCGCAGCAGCUCGAAGGCACCUUUUCCCGACGAGGGGUUCGUUGUGUGCGCUGUCCGCGGUGCACGCGGUGCAGUGAACGAAAGUGGUCGGCACCGGUGCGGGACCCCGGACAGUUGGACGCCGAAUUGGAAUACUCGCUAGUAACGCCGCUCUUCUAACGCUUGCGCGUUGUGCUGCUUCUCAACUUGUGUAUUCCGGACGCGUUUCUUCUUUCUUUUUUUUUUUUUUUUUCGUUCCUUCUGGUCUUCUCUGGUGCCCAUUUCGAUGAAAGCCUUGUGCGGGUGUCACGGCUAAAAAGUGCGAACUGUGAAUUCCCGAGUUUUGAAUACGUGUUCUCGUUUACCACGCAGAUCCUUGCUUUUUGCGGUGCUUGCCACUAUCGUGUUUCGAUUCACUGGAGAGCUGUCACCUCUAGUGAGGCGUCUGUAAAGGAGUUGUUUGCAGCUGGUGUACGGGACAGAAGCUUCGACCGACGUCUGUCAUCGUCAAGCAUCAAGUUUCGUAUCAGUGAGCGCUAUUACUGCAUAGAUAAUCGACAACAAGAAAUGUUUCCAGUGUUGAUGCAAAUGACAGAGGAAUGAUUUCUCGGAGAACCUACUGCUUUUGAUAGCUUUCACCCAUUGCAUGGUGCAUCGAAAAACAAUGUCGCCUGUUCAAACCGAAGAACGAGAGGGCGCUGGAUAUACUCGUCAAAUAAAGAAGUAAAAAAAAGGUACGAAUAUUCAGCAUAAGGAAAACAAAACAGCAGUGCCUUCCGAAAAUACAGCUGACGUCUUCGCAAGUAUCGCCAGCGGUUCGCCUUCAGCUUCGGUAACAUCGCACCAGCACAAGUUGAUCUUCAGCCCCAGUUGAUGUGAUCGAUUAAGCCGCCUCUAAAGAAAAUUAAGCACGCACAUACACACUUCGUGAUUUCAGUGUUUCAGUGACUUCGGUGCUGGUUCCGGGAUACUCGUAUCGAGGCGUCCAAAGCUAAGGGGCUUUCAGCACCCCAACCAAGGACGGCUAGGCGCCAAGUUCCUUCUUGAAAUCCGACAAUCGUAGUAGGUAAUUCGGGAGCAGCUUUCAUCCGGCGCCUUCAAGAAGGGCGUUUGUCCCAUUCCCGUCCAUGUGGCCUGCAGCAGAGCAAUACUAAAGGGAAGUUGCACCCCGAAACUCAGUUCGUCGAGACCAAGUAGGUCGACGACCCUUCGUCGGAGAAGACGGGCAGCGCCGACGCGAACCGACGAGCCACGUCAGUCGACUAGCAUCGCACAAUGAGCCCUCGGCACGGACCAGUGACCAACCCGAGUCUCGCCGCAUCGGCGUCGGUAAUGCCUCGGCAGUCCGGCGACAAGCUCCGGCGAGCAGCCUGCAAGCAGAGCAGCUGUUGCUUGGGGCAAAUGUGAGGCGCAGCUGCAGCGUAUGCAGUGAGCGGAUCGAGCUAUAGCUGCGCACAGCUAGCUGCUCUGUGGGCGAGAGUUCGUCGGUGUGCCCGACAGAAAGCAACAGAAGUGUGCGUACGAAUAGGGGAAACAAAAAAAAAAAAAAACUACCUGACCGUGCAUUUGGCUCCUCGUAGAACAACGCGAGGCGGGGAACUUUUGUCUUCAACGUGCGAGGAAACGCGUGACGUCUGGGAGGGCGUGUGUGAUUGUGUGUGUGUGUCUGUGUGCGCGAGUGCCCUUUCGGGCGGCGUGUAUAGUCUCUGCGCUCGGGGUUGAGUGACGUGUGCGCUGACGGCGACUCCUGAUGACGUGAGUGACUUGAAGAGUGAAAUAUUCGCGGGACGAGAGAAGAAGAAUCCGGUAAGAAGGCAAGAAAAAAAGAACAGAGGCGAGACUGAGACGCGGGCAGGUCUGACCCAAAGCCAGUGCGUGUGCAUGUGUGUACGGAAGAAAGUUCGUGCGUCGACCAAGUGCAUUUUCUCUGUCCCAAGUUCCAGCAGGCGGGGGGGGGAGGAUUACGCAAUGUGGCCGUAGUUUCAGCUGCGGCGCUUCCGACCCUGCGGAUUUAGUGCGGCCGUCGCACGUACUACCUGGGAGAUUCGUCGAAUCCGUCCUCGACCGGAAGCAAUCAUGAUUCCGAGAACGGCGGUGACGAUGAGCAAGCGCGAGGUGCUCGCCCUGCUGGUGGUGUUCAUCGUGUACGUGGUGAUCGGCGGCGCCGUCUUCAUGGCCCUCGAGGGACCCCGAGAGGAAGAGCAGCGAAACGAGAUCGCGCAGCUGCGGCACGAUUUUCACGAGCAGCUGGCGUCGCAGAACCUGAGCGGACUGAACAGCUCGUACAUCAAGAAGAUCGUGGCGCAGCUGGCGGACGCGCGCAGCAAGAAUCUCAUGGACGAGCACGGGCAGGACACGCACACCAACUGGAACUUCUACAACUCCUUCUUCUUCGCCAUCACCGUCGUCACGACCAUCGGCUACGGCCACCUGGCCCCGUCGACGGCGUGGGGCCGCGUGUUCUGCGUGCUGUACGCCGUGGUGGGCGUGCCCAUGACGGGCAUCCUGCUGGCCGGCAUCGGGGACCACUUCGCGCGCGGCAUGGUGCGCGGCCUGAAGCGCGCCCGGGGCCACCGGGCGCCCCGGCUGGCGCUCGCGGCCAACCUCUGCACAUUCCUGCUGCCCUGGCUGCUGGUGUUCCUGCUGCUGCCGGCCGCCGUGUUCAUGUUCACCGAGGACUGGUCCUACCUCGAGGGGCUCUACUACUGCUUCAUCACGCUCGCCACCAUCGGGUUCGGGGACUACGUGGCCGGCAACUUCGACGGGGACUACAUCUGGAUCUACAAGACGGGCGUGGUGUUGUGGAUCAUCUUCGGCUUGGGCUACCUGGCCAUGAUCCUCAACUACAUAUCGCGCGCCAUGCGCUGCAAGCAGAUCAGGCGAGUGGAGGACCGCCUGUCGGCCAGCUUCAGCAGCACGCAGCACAAGUUCGGCCAGCGCCUGGACGAGAUACACAGGCUCCUGCAGGAGUUCGCUUCCAAGCAGAAGUCCCACCGCAAGUCCAUCUGGCGGGGCAAGUCCGGCGACAAGCAGCUGACCGACAGUGGCGGGGGCGGCGUUGACGACGACAUGAGCGCGGACAGCCUGUGCGGCGGCUCGGACAAGAACCACAACACGCGCGACGACCAGAUCCAGCGGCUGCUCACGCUGGUCGAGACGCUCAAGGAGGAGAGCACGCAGAACCUGUGCCGCACCCGGCAGCUCAUCGAGACGCACAACCUGCGGCUGCAGAUGGAGGCGCCGUACCACCUGCGCGAGGAGCUGCUGCCGCCCGCCGCCCACCACCACCGGGCCGAGGGGGGCCUGCCCCGGGGCGAGGCGGCACCCUCCAGGAGGCACAGCCUGCCCGUUCUCAACACCGAGGGGGGCCUCCUCCACGGUCCCGGAGGCACCGGGGGAGGUGGGGGCUUUCUCGCCGUCCCCAAGGACUACCUUCACGUGAAGAGCUCGGGUGGCCACAAGAACCGCAGUCACCUGGAGUUUCCCACGAACUUCUUCGCGCCCCGUGCGUCGAUUCCGCUGUGCAACGGCCGCCUCUCGCACAGAGACUCGUACGACGGCGACGUGUACGACGUCGAAAUAGCUGUGACAAAGCCAAUGGUGACCUUCGACCUGGACAGCUUGGACAGCACCACCAUAUGACCGGCCGCCCACACAAGCUGCGUCGUCACCUUUGAGGAGUGCGAGGACGGAAGGAGGAACGCGUGGCAGACGACGGUGCAGCAGACGACGGCGCAUCACCUCGGGAGGAAGUUUCAACCGAAGCGGUUUGUGGUGUCUUGAAGCGGGAAGAUGACAGUGCUGGACCGGCGACCUCUGACGUGUCACCCUUUGGCGACCCCAUGCCAGUGAAGCCAAUAUUAGCAGUAAUUGCCGCGCGCUAAGAGAAAACAAUGGUUACCUGUUAGUGCCCCUUGCGCGCGUUGCUGUUGAAGGCAAUAUUUGGCAGCUGCAGUGUCCGAACACAUUUUCGGUACGUGUCUGUGCUCACAAUACUUGUUGGCACGGUGUGUGGCGGGCUGUGCAAUUGAAGCGCAGGGUAAGCAUUUUGAAACCUUCGUAUUGCGAAGAGGUCAGCUUUGAAGCUGUGUCGAUUCUAUAGAAGUGGGGCGACGGAGGUAGCAUCGCCCAAGCACACGGCCUUGUGUCAGUUGAGACAGUUGUGCAACGAUGCCGCGUGUCAAACCCCUCAGUUGACAAGUCAGUUUGAAUGUGGAAACAUCCGAUCACGAAGAAAGUGGGGGAUAUACGAGUGCUCGCGUACGCAUCUGUAACUGAAACUAUACGUGCGGAUCUUCCGAUCUCGUCUUUCCAGCUCGGCCACAACGUCGCUGGAAUGAAACGCUCCACCGAAGGGAAUCGUGGGAAGCUGGUGCUACAGAUUUGCGCUUGUGUGUGCUACAAACUUAGGUAUUACGCCUACGUCAGUGUGUAUCAAGGGAACAGCUUAGACUGCCCCAGUGAAUGCUGUACAGCGACGGUGUGAUAAAUUUGCACGCGGACGAACUUGAAAAUCAGCGUUCGAGCUGUGAAUCGGGAACUCGUACUUUCGCUCUCAAAGCUGUACGAACGCGCGCGUCUUCAAAACGUUCGCGCUUAAGCCAACUUAAGCCAACAAGCAGGAUGUGCAUCUAUUCCCCGCUAUUUCGCCGUACUAACGGAAGGGCAAGAAGCGGUCUCCGGAAGCGGGUCGUGUCUGCAUCGAAGCCCUCAAGUUGUGCUGUGAUUUGAACAAACGUAGCGUGCAGUGAACAGAUCUCCGCGUUGAUCACCAGGACAUGUCUACAGUGGACCUCCGACGUUUCUCCCGGGGCCUUCUGGUGCGCUGACACUACGCGAGGACAGAAAUAAUGUGUCAGCCGUGAAGGCAGUGGGCCUUGGAUGGCCCUCAGCGCACACCUUUCUUGUGAAAGUGAGGACAGCUUCGGCGGGGACAUAUCCUGUAUGUGGCCUAGUGUGCGAAGUGAACUUAUACGUGCAUUUCGUGCGCAUGCGCACGUGCAUGCUGUGAUGUGUGAAAUUGUAGUACUCCAGAGCGGAACUGCAAAGUUCGGCUGGGACACAGAAGGGUAUGUCUUGGUUUUGAGGCCGCGAUGCUGCCUAUGAACAACAAAGAGCUUCAGAGCUUCCCCAGUGCUUCUAGCACGCGUUUCGCGUAGCUACAUACCUAACACAUGUUCGCGACGCAUGAGUAUAGGUUUUGGUUUAAAUAUAAGCCAGUUAAUUAUUACAUACACGUGUAGGAAAGCGCUUAGCUUGUACCGAACACAUGAUGACGGGUUACGAUCACAAAUCGAAGAUUCAGGGUUCUUCGCGUAGUAAAGCACGUUGUCAUCUUACGCAAAGUUUUAGAGAUGCACGUACAUUUAUCACAGCGGUGGGGGCUGGCUCCAACAAAUGCGCAAAGUAUUUUUGCUCUUAUUUGUUAACUGGUGACUCGAUGAACUCGCAUACACGAUAUUCGGGGACUAUAGGAACUUGUGUGCGACCGCUUGUCCCAACUACCGUUACCCCAAGGCGUACGGUUACGACGUUUUGCUGCCAGUUGAACUAGGACGGCCGGCCGUCAUCGUCAAGCACGUAACGUAACCGGUCACGAAGAUAUAUAUGGAGUGUUUCGUAUAUUCCCGAUGAGAUUGACUCAUUUACUCCUCAAAAAUAGUGCCUCGUGUGCCAGGUGCCCACUUCGCGAAAUGUCCGCCCGUUACGUUAGGUUGUGAAAUAGGCAAUCCUUUUUAACUAGGCGCACAGGACGAACUAUAGGAGGAUAACACAACACUGGUCUUGCCUUAACCGCGUUUAUUCGGUGCUUGAAAAGGGCUCGCCGAAUCACAUUUUCCCUGCCGUUUAUUCUUCCGUUUAUUUUUCCUCGCGAUUUAAGCGUUACCGUGCCACUGAGCCGCCACGAGGUAGGCGAAGAACACACAUUACACGUGUACAUAAACAUCAUUUUUGUAUUCCUAUGGCAACGCAGUUUUGUAACGGCUACGGUUUUAGGAUGCCUUUCUUUUUGUGUAGGAAUGUGUACUAUACAAGAUUGUUUUUUGAUAACAACUGUUGUAAAUAUUUCGCUUUCCUAUAGCUCCUUAGUGGAACACAAAGACGCAGGACAAAACAUGAAGGAGGCGCUUUGUGUACAUUGAGUUGUUGCUUUGUACCGGUCCCGUUGUUGAUACUGAUGCGGAAGGCAACGACCGUGUUCGUCCGUGUACAGUGUGUGCUUUUUUUUGUGCGUGUGAUGCCGUCUAUAGUAUUUGAAAGAGAAAGACGCCGACUAAACUAGAAAGGAGUGCCGCCGAAUAAUGCACUCGGUCCGGGGCGCUCAUGAUAGCGCUGCCUAAUUUCUACCGCAAUAGAAAUCUGACCACUAUUGUGGUUUGGGCUUUAUAGUAUAUGCCAUUACGUAGGCACAUUCCGGAGAGAGAGCGCAAACUGUAUACGACCACGGAAAGACGAAACAACAGAGGCGCUGACUGUCAAAUGGCGAUUUUUUUAUAAGAAGAGCGUUAAGAGGAAGCUUUAGCUCGGGCCCAACUCCAACGCGGCCUAUUCAAAUAUAUGGAAAACGCAAAAACGCUUUUCUGAGAUAACUACUGGGCAGAUUUUAAUGAAAUUUGUUGUAUUUGAGAGAGAAAGUUAAAUUCUAGCGAGUGUUGGUAGCGGAAUUUCGAUUUAGGGCUUUCAUUGUUACACAGAUUUUCAGAAAUUCGGAAGUUAAAAAAAAUGGAAGCAACUAAUUUACAAAUGAACAAUUUUGUAUCACGAGCAGAUAUCGCGAUUCUGUAAACGGCAUCUACUAGAUCAUUCAAAGCGGCCAAAUUCGAUACGCCAAUCUCUAUCUUAACUGAAUUCGUUACGUUGUCUACAAGGGUUCUGCAAAAGUUGUAUUUCCAUAUUACUAAAUUUUUUAGAAUCACGUGUAACACAUCGAUUUCGUCCGCCUUAGAUUUACUAUGACAUGCAAUUCACAGAAUUGUGGUAUCAUUUUUCAUGGCUAAGUUACGGAAUUGUAAAUUUGAUAGUUUCCUUAGAAAAUUUGCGAUUUUUGCCAAUCUUUAAUAAAAAAAAAUUGGCUAUCUAAAUCAAAAAUUCGAAACCAACAGCACUAGAUAUUAAGUUUUUCUUUCUAAUGCAACAAAUCUUGUCAAAUUUAGUGCAGUGGCUGCAGAGAAAAACGAAUUCUCCUUUUACAUGUAUGUAGAUAGGAACACCCGAAUUACAGCUUCCUCUUAAGGCUCCGUGUCGCAGCAAAUACGGUGUAGGCGUCGGCAUCGGCGGAGUUGUCCGUGAGCGAAAAUUUCCGUAUGUACCUAGGUAUACGUAUAUGCCACGCCUUUGCUAUAUGACAUGCGGUAUAUGCGAGUUAUACUGCCACACCAUUCUAUCACUAAAGUUGCUCAUGCAUACCUUGUCUUACAUUCUUGACAAAGUUAACCCUCGGAAUUCUGCUAAUGACAACCUACAAACCAAUGUCAUAAAACAAAACACCGACAGCGUAUGCCUGUUACGUUAAAUUUUUCUCUGACUUAAACAUCAAAAGUGCGAAACAAUAACAGAAACCUCAAAAUUAUGUAAUUUGUCUGGCACGGCUGUGCAAUAUCUCCUGGAUCGGCUCACGCAAGAGGCCGCGUUUCUACCAGAAAGUUCGCCUUCGUGCAAAGCGUUCGCCCCCAGUGUUUCCCGAUAAGCAUUACGGUUACAUAAGCAGCAGUUGCCGGGAAGCGUGAGAAGCAGUCAGGGAUAUUUGAAUGCUAUCGCGUUCACUUCUUAAAGGCGAAGCUUAAGCGUUCUCCAACUUUCUUUUUCAUAGGGAGGACAUAUCCGUUAAAUAGCGGAAGAUAUUAAAAUAUAGCUAAGGUCAGAUCCGUAUGUCAUCAAAGGCGGAUCGUCAAAGGCCUGCUGGUACACGUGGAAGCUCCGUAUUUAUUGACACACGCCUCCAAAAUCUCCCGUGCUUGAUCACAGUAUUUUCCCGAUGACGCGCAUAUCCGACGUUGGCUAUAUAUCUCUAAUACUUUCUCGCCAUUUCCGCCUAUUGGCAGUCGGUAUCUGCGUUGUUUCGUCUUUCUAUAUGGUCCUGCAGCUGCCGCCAUUGUUUGGGAUUGUUGCUUAUCCAACUAGGCCAACUUCGCACCAUUGUACAUAACAGAGGUGUUCAGUGUCAGCGCAACUAGCGCAUGGCCCAGCCUAAAAAUUAAAGCCAAGCGAGAGGUAUUAGGGAUAGUAACAUUGACGCAUAGGAAUGACAGGGCACAAAAGACAGCGCUGUGUUACAAGCAGUGGCCGAACGAGGAACGUCACUGUAGUCAACAUAUUGAAAAGGCACCAAGAUCGCGUAACAUCGCGACAGUAACCUCGUGUGCGCUUGUAUUGUUAUUCCUCUGCGUCCAAGUAUACCAGUUGCGCUACGCGGAACGCCUUAAGUGCGACCGCACAGUAUGAAUUUAGAAAUGACAGCCACGCUGAAGUGCUGUACAGGUGCGGACAAAAGUAAUUGAAACGCGGGAGUUGCGGCGAAAAUGCCUCUAUAGCAGCUUCGAUCGAAGAUGCUAUAGAGGAAGUUGGGAUUGAACUUCUGUUAUCACCGGCCUGUGCGCAUGCGUAAUCAAAUUUCUUGCUUCCCCUUAAGGCUGCUGCAGGGCUUGGGGACACAGUUCGGUCGCAGUUACCGUGUUUCAAUUACUUCUGUCCGCUCGUAGUGAUAUAGCCGUGCUGAAAGUUCCAUGUACUUUGUAUUUUUACGCGACUAUGACGAUGACGAUAUCUCUGUUACUAAACAGUUUCACUGCCGUCCUGAGACCUCUCCAGCAUGUAGCGCGCGCUCCAGACCUACAAAUAGACCGGGUAGUCGGGUCGUAGCCGCCGAAAUCGCAGCGAAAAGUUUAAUAUUCAACAAGGGUACGAAUUGGGAGAGUUGGCCUCUCAUCAUCACGGAGAGAACAGCGCAAAAGGAUUGUGCCACAGCGAACGAAGGCAGCAGAACAGACACAGCUCUUGUUGUCAGUUUGCGCUGUUCUUUCCAAGAAUUUCAAUAUCAGCCACGCGGCCACAUUCAACGGCAUCUCGUAUAGCGACUGCGCUGGAGAGCCUUGCUAACUAUGCGACAACGUGCUUUCUUUCCUCUUUUUCUUUCUUUCUUUUUCUUCAGACCACGAAAUUCGCAAGAAAGUGGCCAUAACAGCAACCGAUGCUCUGGCAAAUACACGUAUUUUCCUUUUGUGAUUCAAUGCUUUCAAUCUGAUUCAAUUCAAUGAUUCAAUCCUGCUUCGCCCAAAGGGGCAAGAAUGAAAUAUCGCGGCUACAGAAAAAAAAAGAAAAAAAAAGAGGAGGCAAAGAGUAUUGCCGCGAAGUAACUGUAUAAGCUUCAGAGCUGGUGGAGCGAUCUUGUAACGCUUCGUUAAAAAUAAAUGUGGCAGUCAUAUUAUUGUGAUAUGGAACUAAAAAAGCAAGUGCAACUGCAUUAACGUUACCUCAUCGCCGUAACGUAUAGUCGCAUGUAUUCAUAACAGCUGUGUACGUUGUGAUUAAGAACAGCUGCACCAGGUGUCGCUACUGACGCUCCCUGAUGCUUCUCGCGGUGACAAUAAUGCACUAACGCUAAUGCGAACAUAAAUGUGGACGGAAACUCCCGUCGUGAACUCGAGUCGGCCGCGGUGACCUGUGUCAGUUUCGUGGGCUUCCGCUCCACAUACGUAGGGGCAAAGGGCGACGCUAUCGCGGCAAAAGGGUGCCAUGCAAAACAUACAGCUUCUCAUGUGCCACGAGGGGUUGUAUGGUCAACAAAUGAGCAUCUCGAAACUGGGCAUUUACAGAUGGCCUUAAGAAGCGAAGUUCCUCGUUGCAGGUUAUCGCAUCACAACGGAAAGACGGUACAGUUUACAGAGGCAUCCAGAAAGGACUCGAUUCGAGAUGAAAACAAAGUACACUUCUUUCAUUCUAGACAGUCGCACUGACGGCUGAUCGCUAUAUGGCUCUAAGCUCGACGCACAUCACUAUAAUAAGCACGUCAUUCAAGAGGAUGCGUGUUUCUUUCUUGUGCCACAGCUUUUCGCAGCUUCGCAAAGUGCGGACUUUGCUGUUCUUGUUGUUUUUUUACCUUUCUCUCGACGCGCGUAUGUCUCAAAUGCCAACAGACUACAAGUUUGUCAGUGAUUAAGUGCAAAGCUGAGCGGGUGAUUCAAACGUGGCAGUCAAUCGGCGGAUAUAUACAAUGGGGAGCAGAUAAUGUUUGGAGAAAUGUAUUCGAAUUCGCGGCGGUGACUCAAGUGAACUGUGAUGGGAAUCCUGCGCAAGUCUUCGUUUGCACACCUCUUAGCUUGAGCCUCGCCAGAUGCGUUAUCUUAUUCCCUGCACCACGUAUGUGCGGAAGUCUCUAAGCUUCGAACUUGUCGCGAUACACGUCGCGGAAUGCAACGCUUCCACUACACGGCGCGUUGUUGCUGAUGUUCCGGGUUGUAACGGCGCGAUUUCAUGGCGCUAUGUAGAAAAAUAACAUACAAACGCAACGAAUAAUCUAGACAUAGAUGAUGUAGUACCACCCACCAAGUCAGGAAACUUGACGGUACAAACGAUCUCAGAGAAACGGCGCCUUAUUGUUACGACGGUGUGAUCUGUGUGUGCCUGUGUGUGUGUGCGUCGUAUGCAAUUACAUACAUAAAAGCCGGUAUAUGUAUAGCGUUGUGCUUACACUUGUUGUGCACUUUACCCGCUCCGCUGUAAAUAAAAUAUCAUUUUAACCCUGUUA